UUCCCCUGUGCGUUGGUCGUUGGAAUAGGACGCGCUGGCGACGUUGUAUCCGAAGUGCACCUGUCCACUUCCAGUGCGAGUGAUGCAGGAGAUGCUCUCUUGCGGGCAUUUCGGGGCAGUCUUGAAACGGCCCGGGGCGCAGCUUGAAACACUACAAGCAUUGAAAAGUCUCGCUGUGGUCCUUCAGAGGGAGGUAGACCCUUGCAUGGAGCCGCGGGUUGAAAAGGCGUUUCAUUCAAUUAUUUAGGGUUUGGAGUCCGAUUAGUUCCCUGACCUGUGCAUCCCUCUGGAGAGGAAGAGGAGGGGAAGGCCUGCUCUCUCUGGGAUCCGGUGGUCGCACCCCCACCAGGAGCCCUGAAUAUCCACCUCAGCUGUCGUCAACAUGGAGUUCUGAAGUCCAUGUGGCUCCUCACGGUGAACCAGGUGUUAAGGAAGAUGCAGAGGCGCCACAGCAGCAACACAGACAACGUUCCACCUGAAAGAAACCGCAGCCAGGCGCUCAGCCCCGAGGCCAGCGUGGAUGAGGGCGGCGUGUUCGAGAGCCUGAAGGCCGAGCCGGCCUCCCCGCCCGCGCUCUUCUCCGGCCUGGCCGGCAGCCUCCCCGCCAGCCCCUUCCCGGCCGGCCUGGUGCUGGGGCCCUCGGCGGGCGGCGGGGACGUCCUCAUCCCGAUGCCGGCCUCCAGGGAGGACGGCGGCCGCGGCGGCGAGGGAGGCGCCUACCACCACCGGCCGCCGCACCACCACUUCCACCACGCCGGCCACCGCGGGGGCUCCCUGCUGCAGCACGUGGGCGGCGACCACCGCGGGCACGGCGAGGAGGGCGGCGACGAGCCGCCGGGCACGCCCGCGCCCGCCCUGUCCGAGCUGAAGGCCGUGGUCUGCUGGCUGCAGAAAGGGCUGCCCUUCAUCCUGAUCCUCCUGGCCAAGGUGUGCUUCCAGCAUAAGCUUGGCAUCGCCGUGUGCAUCGGGAUGGCCAGCACCUUCGCCUACGCCAACUCCACGCUCCGCGAACAGGUCUCCCUGAAGGAGAAGAGGUCAGUGCUGGUCAUCCUGUGGAUCUUGGCCUUCCUGGCAGGGAACACGCUCUACGUGCUGUACACAUUCAGCUCCCAGCAGCUGUACAACAGCCUCAUCUUCCUGAAGCCCAACCUGGAGACGCUGGACUUCUUCGACCUGCUGUGGAUCGUGGGCAUCGCAGACUUCGUGCUGAAGUACAUCACCAUCGCCCUCAAGUGCCUCAUCCUGGCCCUGCCCAAGAUCAUCCUGGCUGUCAAGUCCAAGGGGAAGUUCUAUCUGGUUAUCGAGGAGCUGAGCCAGCUGUUCCGAUCAUUGGUCCCCAUCCAGCUGUGGUACAAAUACAUCAUGGGUGACGACUCUUCCAACAGCUACUUCCUGGGAGGGGUUCUGAUCGUCCUCUACAGUCUCUGCAAGUCAUUUGACAUCUGUGGCCGCGUGGGUGGAGUCAGAAAAGCCCUGAAGCUCCUGUGCACCUCUCAGAAUUAUGGGGUCCGAGCCACAGGGCAGCAGUGCACAGAAGCUGGUGACAUCUGCGCCAUCUGCCAGGCUGAGUUCCGAGAACCUCUGAUCCUCCUGUGCCAGCACGUGUUCUGCGAGGAGUGCCUCUGCCUGUGGCUGGACCGGGAGCGCACCUGUCCCCUCUGCCGCUCGGUGGCCGUGGAUACGCUGCGCUGCUGGAAGGACGGCGCCACUUCCGCGCACUUCCAGGUGUACUAGGGCUGGAGGCCGCGGGCGUCCCGUCGGGCGCCCGAGGGGCCGCGCUCCUGGGUCGGGCGCUGGGGGCCUCCGGCGCUGACGUCCUGCCGCCACAUGCCUCGGCCUCCAGCCCCAGAGGAGGCCCUGCCCCGCCCUCACCUGCGCCCCCUCUUCUAGCCGCUGGUAUUCGCGCCCUUCCCCUGACCCAGGCGUCUCCGCCCAGGCGGGGCGUCCAGCCCCUCGGUCAGGGGGUCGGUACUGCCUGAAGCUGUCACGGACUCGCACUGGAACUGGACGCUGCCGGCUCGGGAGGAGCCCCGCGAUCACUGCCUCCCCACCGCCAGGCUGCAGAUCAGAGUCACAGUGAGGCAGCCGCACGACACAAAUGCCCAACUCUUCACCUGGGAAAGCCUAAGGCCCCAGGCUCCCCUGGUGCGCCAGCAGAGCGUGGCGCAUCCUGCUGGGAUGGCUUCCUGUCGUCCCCAGCAGCCCCGGUGGAGGUGCUCUUGGUCCGUGCCUUUGCCAGGUGAGGAAACUGAGGCACAGAGCUUGGUGUGGGAACUUUCCCAGAGUCGUCCAGCUCCACCAGGGUGGACCACGUGUCCAACACAGGCCCGGUCUGGCUUCAGAGCCGUACCCCAGCCGCGUGCAGACGCUGCAGGUGUGGGCCACCAGACCCGGUGCGUCAAAAGCACAAGAGGUGACUCGAAUGCCCCUCCAGGGUUAAGAAUCAGCGCCGGGUGUCCAGGACGGUCCUCACUGAUAAUGCUAAUGGUGAGCACCAGCUCCGGAAAUCUCCCCACGACUUGGCCCUUAAAAUUGCUCUUUUCCUGGGCUCUGGCUGGGAGACUCUGGCUGGGAGGCUCCGUCCAGUCUGGGCUUCAGAAAGAAUCAACUCUGGCCCCGCCAUGGAUACCUCUGGGUCUCCCAUGGUGGUUUCUCUCCUCCUCCUCCUAUUCUGUCCUCUCCCUUACUUAAGUCUCAGGCCUCAACAGCUCCGGUGGACUUUGCUCCCUCCCCUGGUGACCCUCAGAGCAGAAGGAACAAUGCCUAUUACGGACCUUUCCAUGAGUCACCCAGAGCACAGUAGCCAUCCACGUUCCGUAAUCUCGAUGAAAAGAGCUGCUGGUCUGCUCGUGCAACUCUCCUGCUUUGAAAUCGGGGGCGAGAUGGCACAGGUGACCCCACGGAAGCCACUGGGAUUUUUGCCUGCCCUCCCCUUCUCCCGGUUCUCCUCUGUCUUUGUCAACCUCAGCACAACAGGCUGGCGCCAGCGGCAUUACAGAGAGAGCGGUCUGUGUGGCUGCUGAGCAGAUGAGUGCAAGCCCCCGAGGGACGUGGGGGGAGGCUCGCGGCCACGUCCCCCGCCGAAUUCGGGACAUGUGCCGCUGGGUGCUGCCACUCCAGGACUGCCUCCUUUGCUUGGCAUGGCUGGCUCCCAGCAAGACACCCCUUCCAGGGUGGACUGGCAUCUCUCAAGCUCCGUUACUAUGGCGAUGGCCAUGAUGCUAACAAUCCCACUCGCCUGGAGGAUCAAGUGGGAAGGGGGAGCAGGCUGAGUGGAUGUGGCUGCUCUGUUCUCUGUGCCUUGAGGGAGAACCGAGGGGAGCAACAGGAACUUCUGCAAGUGGUUUUCAUCAGAAGGAUCACCCCGCCUGCGGAUGCCGUCAGAUGCUCCGGAAUUUGGAGCGGGGGAUGAUUUAUGAAAGUGUCUACCUGCGGUGGAGCCACACACCGUCUACUGGGGGUCAGACCUGGAAUCCUGACUGCAAACUAUGUGACUUUGGGAAGUCACUUUUACCUCUCCCCAUAGCCAUUGGGGAGGGUGGCAAAAUCUCAUAUAUGAUCCUCUGGAACCGCAGAUGCUAACUGUAGGUUACUAUAUAGGUGUUCACCCUAGUGGUUCUGCCAGUUAUACCCACGUCUCACACACACAUUCUACAAAUAAUGAGCCACGUCUCUGACAUUAUAGAGUCACAUGUGGGGGACCCUCUGGGUCAGGUGGGAUGGUUUCCUUUAGGAUUUUAUUUAUUCAUUCCCUGCCCUCCCGGGGAACAUGCCAUCUAUAGGUUUUCUUCCAGGUCAGAGGAUUUCACAUCUGCCCUGGAUGCUACAGUGGUUAAGGCAGAGUUUUCCAAACUGUGGUAUAUAUAUACAAUGGAAUAUUACUCAGCCAUAAAGAAUGAUAAAAUUAUGGCAUUUGCAGGCAAUUGGAUGAAAUUGGAGAAUAUCAUGGUAAGUGAGAUAAGGCAGAGUUUUCCUGAAUUCCCCAACACCUGGGUAAAAGCAGUCAAGAGUCCCCACCCGAAAAGAACAAUGCCCCUCUCCUAUUCCCCGGGAAGACGCGCCACUCGCUUGUUAUAAACAGGAUCCAUCGAGCAAGUGUCCGGUUCCCAGGAUCAUGCUCUUAAUAUUUUAUGAUUCACUGGCUCAAGUUCCGUGAAGUCCUCAGGAACAGUCCUGUUCGGGUGAAAAGCCUGAGAAUCAUAAAUGUGCAGGAAUAAGAAAAGCAUGCUUUGGACCCGGAUGUAACAGGUUCUCCACCUUCCAAGGGGGAGCAUGUGCGGAGCCUCGGGGACAUCCUGGCUGCUAAGGAAGAAAUGUGAAGCUAGUCCCAGAGUCUUCCAGCACUUUUGCUCUAGGACAAACAGCUCCUUUGGUGUCUCUGUGUCUCCCCAAGUACCCUUCUGCCAAUAAAUCUCAUUUGUUGAUGCACCUGAUGGUCCUGGAGAAACUUUCAGUCGGAUGAGAAGCAGGGCUUCCUGGGGUGGGUCCUUUUCUUCUGCUGGUGGCUCCCGGAGCAGAACCUGUCGAGAAGCAUGUGGCUUAUUGGGGAUGUGCUCCCGGGAGGAGCUGGUAAGGGAUUGGGUGAAACAGAAUGAGUCAGGGGAAGCAGCCAAGCUAGUGGCGACUUCUGGGGAGGAAGUCGCAACCUUGCACGAUCCCAUGUGGACCUCUGCAUUUCAGAGGUUGUUGAUGGGGGAAGCUCCUUAGGCUCUUCACCGAGGAGGUCCCAAUGUCCAAGAGAGGCCUCUGAAGACCUCAGGGCCCAGCAGAGUACUCAGGUGCAGGCUGGGAACACAGAACUGGUCAGAGGGACCAGGAGGGGCCUCAGUGGACAAGUACAGUGCUUACCAUGGGAGCUGUUGGCUGUGUGGACCCCAGACGUGAGGCGGGUGUCAGAUA